AUGCCCCCUCCAUCAGGAUGGAAGUGUCUGUCCCGACCCCAGCACCUUCCAAGUGGUCAACAGAUAUCCAGAAAUUUUUGCAGGAAGGGCAGCUACCCAGUGACCCGGAAGAAGCACGAAAGGUCAGGAAUAAGCGGCCUGGUUCACCACGUUGGAAGGAGUGCUGUACAAGAGAGGUUUUCUGAGCCAUUCCUCAGAUGCCUCUCACCGGAUGAAACCCAAUACGUGCUAGUAGAAAUUUAUGAAGGGAUUUGUGGAAGCCACUUAGGAGGGAGGGCUCUGGUUGCAAGGGUGAGCUGGGCAGGAUACUACUGGCCCCAAUCCCUCAAGGAUUCAGAAACUUUGCCAAGAAAUGCGCAAAGUGUCAGGAGCACGGGCCGAUUCCGCACUGCCUGGCGGAGGAGCUGA